AUGUCAGAGUCUCUCAGCAGGAAUUUCUCCCACAGCAGCUUCGUGUUUGAUGGUUUCCCGGCCGUGCGGAGCCUGAACCAGGUCCGGCUGCUGGCUCUGCCGCUGAGCGUCUGCUACCUGGCGGCUCUGCUGGGGAACUGCGUGCUGGGUCAUGUGAUCCGCAGCUCCAGGACUCUGCACGGCCCCAUGUACGUCCUCAUCGCCUCGCUCUGCGCCGUGGACGUCUUGGCCGUGACCGCCAUCGUCCCCAACACGCUGCUCGGUCUGCUUCUGGACCUGGACCGGAUCUCGCUGGCCAGCUGCUUGACUCAGAUGUUCGUCACUCACUUCCUGUCCUCGGUGGAGUCCACACUGCUGCUCGCCAUGGCGUUGGACCGCUACGUAGCCGUCUGCCGGCCGCUGCGCUACGCGGAGCUCGUGGGCCGGUCCGCGUGGGUGAAGCUGCUGCUCGUCAUCGCGGUGCGCAGCGGCUCCGUCAUGGCCACGCUGGUGAGUCUGGCCGGUUCUCUGCGGUUCUGUGGUUCUAACACCAUCCGGCACUGCUACUGCGACCACAUGGCUCUGGUCAGCCUGGCCUGCGGCUUCACCGAGCGCAGCCGGGCGGCUGGCGUGGCGGUGAUCGUCUGCUUCGUGGGAGUGGACAUCCCUCUGAUCUGCUUCUCCUACGUGAGGAUCCUGAGCGUGGUGCUGCGCUCGGCGGGCGACCGCUGGAAGGCCUUCCACACCUGCGGGACUCACCUGAUGGUCAUGAUGAGCUUCUACCUGAUCGGAAGCGUCACCUUCCUCUCUCACAACCUGAACAUCUCCAUACCGACCGACGCCAACAGCUUCAUGGGGCUGAUGUACAUCCUGCUGCCGGCGACCGUCAACCCCGUCAUCUACGGAGUUCGCACCAAAGAAAUCAGAAACGGAUUUUAUCGACUUUUCAAACUAAGAGCGAAGAAAACGGUGAAAGUUUCUCCUGCUGGUGAGAGUUAA